GGGCAGAGAGUAGGGAUAUAAGGAGAGGCAUCCAUGGGCAAAGCAGCGACACGGUGCCCAGCUGGGUUAGGAUAGGAUAGGAUAGGAUAGGAUAGGAUAGGAUAGGAUAGGAUAGGAUAGGAUAGGAUAGGAUGCAGCUCCCGACUCUCUGCUGUGGGGCCUCGCUGCUGCUGCUGGUCCUGCCAUGGGCAGGAGCGCAGCCGGCCGGCGGCGAGCACGGUGCGGAGCUGCGGUCCCUGCAGGACCUCCUGGAGGCGCUGGGGCAGCUCCAGGAGGAGGAAGGGGAACCGGGUCUGGAAGACGAACCGAUGGCCGGGGCUGAGGACGGCGGCUCCGAGUGGGACCUCCCGGGGGCGGAGAGCGGCCCGCCGGGUGCCCCGCUCCCGGCGCCCAGCCCCCCCCAGCCGGCGGAGGGGCAGAACCAGUGGAGAAGCCUCCUCUCCUCCUACAGACGGAGGCACUUCUCCGGCUGCUUUGGGACGAGGAUGGAGAGGAUCGGCGCGCAGACGGGGCUGGGAUGCAACCAGUACAAAGCCCGUUUCUGGAGGAGAGGGAGAAGCUGAAGCCGGGACCAGCUCCCAAGCGCUUCCUGAGCCUCCAGGCCGGUGCCCAGCAGCCAGUCAGGCUCCCCCUCGGGGCCUCCGCGGGGGUGGGCGAUGGAGCAAUAAACUUUUGUACAAAGCC